AACACUAUGCAAAAUAAUGUCUUAGAAAUGGAUACAAAAAUCCAAAAUUUUUUCCGUAAUAAAAAAGUGUUCAUCACUGGCGGUACCGGAUUCUUGGGAAAAGUAUUUAUUGAGAAACUACUACGCACCACAGAUGUUGAACGUAUUUAUGUGCUGGCUCGAGCUAAGCGUGGCACUACAGCCACCGAUCGUAUGGCACAGAUCUUAAAAGAUCCACUCUUUGAAAAAUUACACACCGUACGAUCGGAUCCAAUGAAAUAUAUAAAAACCAUAGAAGGUGAUUGUACGCUGCCGAAAUUGGGUAUUUCUCCCGAAGAUCGUAAAGAGCUAAUCGAACAGGUUGAUGUGGUGUUUCAUUGUGCGGCCACAGUGCGGUUCAAUGAACCGCUAAGCAAUGCAACACAAAUCAAUGUGGCAGCGACAAGAGAUAUGCUGGACAUGGCCAAAGAAAUGAAAAACUUGAAGUCCUUUGUCCACGUUUCCUCAGCCUUUGCCAAUUGUGUGGUCAUCGAUGCCGAAGAGAAAUUCUAUACGCAACAUUUGGGUAUUACGAGUGAUAAGUUAUUGGAUUUGAAAGAUAAAUUAGGCAAAAUAGCAUUUGAUGCAAUGGAAAAAGAAUUGGUUGGAAAAUAUCCCAAUACUUAUUGCUAUACCAAAUCGGUGGCCGAAGAGGCAGUACAACAAGUUGGCAAUUCCAUACCAAUAUGCAUAUUUAGACCUGGAAUAAUUCUGGCCACAAGUGAGGAUCCCAUACCAGGCUGGAUUGAUAAUUUAUAUGGUCCCAAUAGUAUUGUCUAUGGUUGUGCUUAUGGUGUGUUGCGGGUUAUGUAUGCCAGACCUAAUCAAAAUGCUGCCUAUGUACCGGUGGAUUAUUGUGCCAAUAUGAUGAUGGCCUGCGCCUGGGAAACUGCCACUACUGUUAUACAAAAUCCACCCAAAGAACCACGCAUCUAUACUUUGGUGCCACACAAAACAAACGAACUGGAUUGGGGUACCUUUAAACAUUAUGCUGUGGAACAUGGUUUCAAAAUGCCGCUACCAAAUAUGAUUUGGUAUCCGAUAUUGUUGUUUGCUGAAACAUAUAUUGGUUACAAGCUAUUGACAUUGAUUUAUCAUACGCUGCCGGGAUAUUUAAUUGAUUUUGUUUUGCUACUAAUGGGAAAACCUACAAGAAUGACCAAAACCUAUAAGAAAAUCCACACACAAUGCAGUAUGUUACGUUACUUUUUGGCCUUCGAUUUUACCUUUGACAUGACCAAUUGCUAUAACCUGUGGGAUUCAAUGUCAGCGGAAGAUAAGAAAAUCUAUAAUUUCGAUAUGUCCAAAUUGGAUUGGAGCCGGUAUUUCUAUGACGAUUUGAAGGGCAUGCGUCGUUUUAUUGCCAAAGAGGAUCCCAAGUCCAUACCUCAGGGUAUGAAAAUGUUGAGAAUAUUCCGCACCCUUAACUUCAUUGUCCAUGCCCUGUUCAUUGGCGGUAUGCUGUGGCUGACAUGGAGUCUAUUGAAAUAUAUUUUCCUAUAG